CAUGCAUGUCAUUCUAUAAAAAGUUCAAUAUUCGAUGAUAACAUAAAGGCACAUUUUUAAAAGUGGCACAUGCACGCUGUAGUCAAGGACACGAUUUGUCCUUGCCGGAUUCACGUGCGAUGGUAACUCAACUGUGUCCAGCGGAGCGUCGACACCGCUUCUCGCUCUUUAAAUAGAGUCGAGAAGGAGCUGAGCAGCGCUGCAGCCGGUCGGCGGGUGACCCAAACGUCUGCGGUUCGAUUUCGUUCAUCUCCUCUGCGCUCGGAUUCUAAUUUUCCACCAAGGGGGCCCUCAAACGAGAAGGAUAUAACGAGUACAACGCCGCACAUCAACUAAUGACAGACGAGGAGGGAGUUAUUUCAAGAACGAGAAAAUAACUAUGAAUAGUUGUAAUGCCGGUGACACUCAGGACUUCGUAAGUGAAUCACAAAUGGAACCAGAAGCCGAGGACCCAGACAACUUGGAUGCCUCGGUCUAUUGGUCGGGCUCUGAUGGUUCCCAGGCAUGUCGUAUCUCUGAAUCCCCGACAGAGUUCUACGGUGAAGAGGAAUUCAGUGAUGUAGACACAAGCUUCGACGCACAGACCUUUUCUUUCCCAAAGUCUGAUUGCGAGCACCAAGAACUUUUAGAAUCACAAGACCACAAACUGGUUUGUGAGCAAAGGUCUUUGCCUGACCUGAGCGGGGGUGAGGACGAAGAUUCAUACCACAAACAAGACAUUUACCCACCUGACCCAAGAGACAUCCCCCCACACAUCAAAACCUCAUCACCACGUGCACAGUUCUCCAAAUCAGAGUGUCACGACCCGGACAAUGGACAAAUGCCAAGGUCACUCUCACUUUCACCUUCCUCCUCCCUUGGAUAUGAUCCUGAAACGGCCCCGGCCAGGACACUGACCACUGGUGAUGAGCCCCCGGGGGGCAGUUAUAGGCAGGGCCAGGGGACUGGGAGCAGGGGGGUUGAAUCUUCAGAGGAAGGAGGGCGCAGCGAGGGACCUCCUGCUGCAGUCUCCUUUGGAAUCUCAGAUGAGGGUGCUGAGCAGACAGAGAAGUGGAACUCGGAGUCUGACACAGAUCUGGGCAGGCGGGACAGUCGCAGGCCAAGGUGUACACGGUUUGGUCAAGAUGAAAGCCAAUCACAAAGGCAGGUCAAGGAGACCAAGUCCAAAUGUAAGCGAAUUGCUCGCCUUCUGACGGACGCACCCAACCCUCAAAAUAAGGGAGCCCUGCUGUUCAAAAAACGCCGGCAAAGGGUGAAAAAGUACACGUUUGUAAGUUACGGGACUGGUGACAGUAAGUUUGACAGUGAAGGCCAAUUGGAAGAAGAAGCAGAGGAAAUACGAGAAGCCGCGUUGGACUUUGUCGCAACCAGCGAUUCGGAGUUGGAAGAGGAAUACUCGAUAUUUCGCCAGCAGCGUAAAUUAAGUGUGGAUUGGAGAAGAGUUCAAGAAAUGGAAGUCUUACCUGGGACGAAAGGAAAGGGAGUUUUGAUGUUUGCGCACCGUCGUAAACGUAUGGAAGAAGUACUCUUGCAGCAAGAACGCUAUAAUGAAGGAUUACAUUUGAAAGCGCAGUCAGAACCUGGAUAUGCGGUAGCAAACAAUAUGUAUGAGGUGAGCAAACGGCAUGAUCGAUCCGACCAGGGAAAGUACAUGGAUAAACACAUUCAUCAGAUAAACCGGCAGAGAUCUCUGGUUUCAAACAGGACCGCGAAGCCUUUUUUAGGAGGCCAAGUUGGGCUAGCUGAUCGCAGCAUGCCUGCUGGUCCGCUUCCAGUGAGAAAAAAACCAGAGUCAAUAUUCAAGGCAGCCGUUUCUGUCGUCCCAAACCGACAUGUUUGGUCUCCGACUGGAGACGUCAUAGCCUCAAGAGAUGAGCGAAUAUCUGUGCCGGCAAGAAAGACCUGCAACCUUCCAGAGUCAAGGCGUAAAAGCUCGGGCAAACAGCACCAGACAGCCAGACAAGGAUCCGACCCUCGGGAAAGCAGAGCUUAUACAGAGUCAGAGGAAGACUGCUUUAGUCUCGGUGCUGAAGCUUGUAACUUUAUGCAACCCAGAGCAAUCAAACUCAAGAACCCACCCCCAGUUGCACCCAAGCCUAGCAUCAAUCCAAAGAGCCCACCUUGGUCAAGAGGCCCUCCUAGUGAACCCUGUAUUCCUCCAAGUUCAGUUUCACAGGCCAAGUAUCUAGGGGGACCCCAGAGACAGCAGCAUUACCUUGAUCAGGACUGCUCUCAACCUCAAAAGUAUACCAAAUGCUGGGAAGCAGAUCGAGCCAAGGCAACAAUCCAAACACCUGCCGUUGCCCGGGAAUCCGUCAGCUCCUCUUCUCAGCCUCAUCUUCAGCCAACCACGAAUAGCUGGAAUAAACCUCUGCCAAGAUCUGUUGUAAGUAUGAAGGCACAUGCUCCUAGCUUCAGCUCAGUUCACCCACAGUCAAUUGCGAGGUGCCAACAAGCCAGUGCACCAAGUUCUGUCCCCUCUUGUCCACCAAAGCCAAUGAAAUCAUUCACAUCAAAAACAUCACUGGUUCCACCACGAGGUCAAGUUUUUGCUGGAGGUUUUGACCGCGUUGCUGAUGAUCGCACCAUGAUCGGAAAAGGUGCAGAGUUGUUUUACAGAAGACAGUCCAGAAUGGAGAAGUUUAUAGUCGGGGAUCCAACAGAAAACCAGACAAGAUGUCCCUCCCCAACAAUGUCCUUACCCAACUCCUGGAGAUAUUCAUCCAAUAUUCGUGCACCGCCGCCUUUAUCUUACAAUCCACUCCACUUCCCUUUCUAUAGUCCCCCGCCAGUAAAAACAGGCCCGUCGACGAAAAUCACAGCAACACCCAAACCAGUCCCGAAGCAAUUCACCACUUUAGAGAUCAUGAAAUAUCAGCCGUAUCAUUUGAACUCAUCACUGUUCCACUAUGAUGCAGUUCCACAGGCUAAAAGCCCCACCGCUAAACCAGCUCCGCCGUCAAACUUCGAGAUAACCCAAAAACUCAAACAAAGAUCCGGCCUUUCUCAUUCUGCUUAUAUCACUGAGCCUGAUUUGGAAAGCAAGUCAGAGGCCUCCGCAAAGUCCUCAGCUAAGUCCUCCGGACCGGGUAAAGGCAGAAGCAGGUCCCUGAGCCUGCCCAGGCGCUCGUCUUCCCCCGGGCCUCCGAACCCUCGCUGGGGCCUUCCCCUGGCCCAGCGGCACGGAGCCUCUUUGCAGCGAGGGUCCUACAAGCCGCCCACGCCCUGGGAGGCGGCGUCGAGGAGCCCCUUCGGCUCAGUGGACGACGCCUUCUCGAUUGGGAGCGCCUCGUCGCGGGUUGCCUCGCGCGUCCGGGCGGCGGCGUCCCGCAGGUCCCUGCCCGAGCCCCCGGAGGAGUGGAAGCGCAGGGUGUCACUUGACAUGCCGCCGGCGAGCCAGGGUUGCCGUCAUACGGUUCCGGUUUUUGUGACCUCGGCGCCUACGAGGGCGAACAGAACGACGGCACUCUACGGGCCUCCUUUCAGACCGGCCCAGUCACUUAAGUCUGCCGAUAAGCCCAGAAUUACAUAAGCGGGGGAGGGGGGGGUCACAACACUGCCUCACAGUUCGGCGCUUCUGGAUUUGAACCUCGGUCCAGGCCUCCCUUUGUAGAUUUUGCAUGUUCUGCCAGGGCUUCUUCGGGUUUUCCUCGCACGACAUCCAUGUUAAAGGUCAAGUGUCAUGCCAAUAAGUAUUCUAAAAUAGGUAUUGUAAUGAAAAAAUGCAUAGAACAUUAUUCACUUCAAUGUCCAUACGAAAAAAUAAAUACGAGCGGAGUGCGCGUCAUCCAUGCGGAAAGUUGCGGAAGUCUCAUUCGACAUCCGAGUGGUAGCCAUAUUGCUUGCGACGUCUGUCCAUUACAUCACACCGGGACAUUCGCCAUUGAAAACACCCUGUGGCCCCGACUAUGGGCGUCGAACACGCCCCUUCUGACAAGGAAGCUUUUUUCGAAGAAGAAAACAUCUCAUAAUCGAGUGAAGUGACCGGGGCAAUAUUACCCUAUCGUUUCGAGCCAUAUUUAGAUGAUAUGCGGAUCACUUCUAACUAAAAACAGACUCAAAGACAGUAUGUAUGACCCAGCCCGGCCGAAGCCGUGCCCCUCGUCCGAAGCUGUGCUCAGCGCCGAUGGGUACAUUGACACAUUUAGCACCCAACUUACGUGUGCGGAUCUUUUGUUAGAUUAGCCCCAAACUAUUAUUAUUUUUUUAGUAGCUGUCAUUUGGAACCCACAAGGCUCUCGUCAUUUGCACCCUGGCAAUCCAUUAUUCACGACCAACCAGGACUUUUGGAAAAGUAUGAAGAGCGAAUCCAUCCUCCCGAGUGUUCGAACAAUAUCCAGCAAUACAACGAGGCGGCGCUUUGGCUAACACGAAUGAACAACGAGCUACCUUCCAGCAGGUAAAACUAGUAAAGACAUACGAGACCGCUUGAGUGGGCGUCUGGUACUAACGUCACUUCCUGCUUCUUCUCGAAAACAAAUCCUUCGAGAGGAUUUUCAUGGCGGGAGUGACAAAAAAAAAAAACAUAUACGUCAAAAUCAUGUUUUGUGGUGAAAAAAAACGGAUGGGUCCAUUCCGGCUGUCUUUUUUUUCCAUUAAUAACACCAAAAAUCAUACAUUUCAUGACAGUGGCACUUUAAGGUCGUAACCCAAAUAAUAGAUCAAAUUGUCCAUUUGUGUGAACAAGUAUGGCUGUCGACGUGCCCCGUGAUUGGCUGCCAUUUGCUUGGACAGGAAAGAACAUUGAAAUUGAUUUUGUGUAUUGCGUGUAAGAAAUGACUUGAUGAGGUAUAUUGAAAAGAUUCUAGGUAAUAUUUUCUAUUUUAGAUGAGUGUCAAACAUUUUUCCACUCCUGCUGUUGGUGACGCUUGACACUAAACUUAAAUUGCGACGACUGUUACAUAAUCUGGUACACACGGUGUUUUUCAUUUCACGCUUUUUUAUUGCAAUUGCGUUGCAUUUAUUGCAUUUGUGUGUGACGGUCAUCUUACUUUUAUGUUUUCCCAAAAUGAAACUGAACGUCUAGUCAGCGUGUCAAGAUUUUAAAAUCAAACUUAAGAGAUGUGUGCACGUGUGCGUAUGUUGCAUGCAUAUUCAUCCUUUUUGUGUCACUAAGGUGAAGAACCACACUGACUUUGAAAAUGUCUGCAAAAAUCAGAUACGUCCUGUAUUAAACUUGAAAAUGUUAUGGAAAAAUUGGACUUGUUUUACGUUCUA